AUGGACGGCGACACGGACGCCGCCCUCUCCAACUCCUCCACACAACGACAGCAUCAUCUGCGACCACGACCCAGUCGAAGCGGGGAAAAAGCGAGUCCGUCGGGUUUUUCUCCACGACGACUGGAGCCAGCCGUGAGGACGACGCCCACGGAGACCACGACUCCCACGGAGACGACACCCACGAGGACGACGCCCACGGAGACCACGACUCCCACGGAGACGACACCCACGAGGACGACGCCCACGGAGACCACGACUCCCACGGAGACGACACCCACGGAGACGACACCCACGGAGACGACACCCACGGAGACGAUACCCACGGAGACGACACCCACGGAGACGAUACCCACGGAGACGAUACCCACGGAGACGACACCCGCGGAGACGACACCCACGACGGAGAUGACUCCCACGGUGAAGAAGAUGCCCACCGACAAACCGACAAGAGACAGCGAAGCCGGUGCGUUUGUGCGGAUCCGCUCAACCGCCCCAGCCGCCGCCCCCGCUCACGCUUGA